AUGAAGCCAUUCAAGAACCUCCUCCAUCCCUGCAGCCUACAAAGCCAUCAACACCACCGCCAUCAUCAUCAUCACCAUCAAGUUGUUCCCACUGAUCUUGUUCAUCGAGUCCAUGAUCAUCUAUUGUCUUUUCACAUCUCAAACAAUCUCAAAGAUCUCAAUCACCAAAAGAUCUCCAAACUCCUCCAAGAACUUCACUUUGUUCUACAUGGCGAUUCCGAGGCGGAACCUGAUUCCAAAGUGUGUUCCAAAACAGCCCUUGAGUUCUUCAAAGACAAGCGCAGCGCCACCAACCCGUUUCGUCUCCUACUCAAGUGCUUCGCAUCCUUGGAGUGGGAAUCGCAGAUAAUCGCAAGCCAAAUCGUCGUAAACCUAAUGGGACAACACCUUCCUUUCAGCUCUCGUAUCUUUGCUACCGAAUACAUAGAAGAAAACUUAGACCUACCAGAUUUCUUAAUCGACAACAUGUUUGAUCUCGUCGAUGAUAACAGCCACCUGGCUUUGUUAUAUGGGAUUAUGUUGAGGGAGUGUGUGCUACGGAGCCAAAUAGCGACAAAGCAUGUGUUAGAUUCCCAAUACUACAUGAAGAAGUUUCUAGAAUACGUGCCAUUGCAAAACUAUACCUUCGCAGGGCACGUGGCUGACACAUUGGGUUUUCUGUUAACAAGGCAUAAAUCACUUGCUGCUGAUUUUUUGAACAGAAACUAUGAAUGGUUCUUUGAGGGUUUCAAUUCAAAGCUACUUGAGUCAAGCAAUCAACUCACGAAAUCUCAUGCCCUAAUGCUGUUGGGAAAUAUGUUAUUGGAGGGUAAGAACCGCUGUGUGAUGGUGCGUUACGUGAGUGAUUUUGAGAACUUGAAGCUUCUGAUGAAUGCUUUGAGAGAAAGCAAGAGUACUACACAGUUGAAAGCUUUCCAUGUGUUCAAGUUGUUCGUGUUGAAUUCAGAGAAGCCCAAGGGUGUUGUUGAUAUCCUAAGGUUGAACAAGACAAAGCUUCUCCAGUUCAUGGAUGGGUUGAAACCUAGUCGCCAAGAUCAGCAAUUCGAUCAGGACAAGGCUCUGGUUAUCAGAGAAAUCAUGUUGCUGAGUAAACAAGAUAAUUGUAAUCCCCUCUCCUUGCCAGGACAGCUCCGUAGGUUAAAAUCAUUUUAG